CGAUCCCGGUGCCGGCAGAGGUCCCGCCUCCUCCCCUCGUCGCUUGGUUGCGGCGGCGCUUCCGUUCGUGGCGACCGACCGAAAUGGCGGCGGCCACCACAGCCUUCUCCUCCGCCUCCUCCUCCUCUGCCGCGCUGCUGCGCCCGGGCUGGACGCCCCUGAGGCGGUGGCGAGCCCUCACUCGCAGCACAAGCAGCUCCCCUCGCAGCGCCGCCAGGGACGAAGCAACCGUUAUCUCAGGGACACAGCUUGCUCACCAGGUUUUGAAAGAAGUUCGAAGGGACGUGGAAUCGUGGAUGUCUGCUGGAAACCAGAGGCCUCACCUCACUGUCAUAUUAGUAGGAGACAAUCCAGCCAGUCACAUCUAUGUCAGGAACAAGAUAAAAGCAGCUGCAGCUGUGGGCAUUUCUAGUGAGAUCAUACUGAGGCCUAAAGACAUUUCACAGGAAGAGCUCUUGGAUAUGACAGUAAAACUCAACAAGGAUUCAAGAGUCAGUGGUUUGUUAGUUCAGCUACCUCUCCCAGAUCACAUAGAUGAGCGGACAGUCUGUAAUGCCAUCGCCCCUGAGAAGGAUGUGGAUGGAUUCCAUAUCAUGAAUAUUGGACGUCUGUGUCUCGAUCAGCCUUCCAUCAUCCCUGCCACUGCUGCUGCCGUCUGGGAGAUCAUAAAACGGACGGGAAUACAGACAUUUGGAAAAAAUGUUCUUGUAGCCGGAAGAUCUAAAAAUGUUGGAAUGCCUAUUUCAAUGCUUUUACAUACUGAUGGAGAGCACGAAAGGCCUGGAGGUGAUGCUACAGUGACCAUUACUCACAGAUACACGCCGAAAGAGCAGCUCAAGAUCCUUACGCAGCUCGCUGACAUAGUAAUAGUUGCUGCAGGUAUUCCAAAGUUGAUUACAACUGACAUGGUCAAAGAAGGUGCAGCUGUGAUUGACGUAGGAAUCAACCAUAUCCAUGAUCCUCUUACAGGAAAAACCAAAUUAGUUGGGGAUGUGGACUUCGAAGAAGUGAAGAAGAAGGCUGCCUUUAUCACUCCAGUGCCGGGAGGGGUAGGACCUAUGACUGUUGCAAUGCUUUUGAAGAACACACUCCUGGUCACUAAAAAGCUCAUUUACUAGAGCAGACGGGUUACCUUGGAAGAAGAAUCGGAGUUGUUCUAUUUAUUGAUACACAAAACAUUUAUUUUUUACUACAAAUAUAUUUAUUUCUACAUUGUAUUUAUUUUUUCAUGUCAAGUAUGUUAAAUCCGAUGGUUUAUAAAAUGUUCAUAUACUUUGUGUUACCUCCUACUGACUUAUUGUGAGCAAAAAAGACUUGGAGAAUGCAGCCUACACAAGGUAUGUUGGUGGUGGUGGUCAAUUACAUGUUUGAGAAUGAAGAAUGAACCAUAAAUUACAACUGUGCCUAUGUAUUAGGGCAGUUAUCAAGACCUUGUAAACACUUGGGACCUGUUCAAACAAUAUAAAAACUAAGACGUACUGGAUAUCUUUUAAAUACAUGGUUUGGGUUCUGAGGUCACCAAGCACUCUGGUUGUAGUUCAGAGCCCUUAAAUAUUUUUUUGAACACUUAGAGCCAGCAGUGGCCAGGCAGUAAUGUUGACAUGAAUGCAAAUGUUCAGUAAAUGUGUUAAAAUAGUCAAAUAAGCUUGAAUGCUGGCAAAAUUCUGACUUUAAACAUCUGCAAGAGGUAAGCAUGAAUAAGUAGCUAGAAUUGAGGCUGGAAUGAUUUUUUUUUCCCAUGUCUGUACAAAUUUUUUUGGUGCAUAAUACCCUCAUCUCACAAAAACCUCUCAAACCUGAACAGCUGAUUGGGCUGAACUUGAUUGAAAUUGAACGGAAUAGUAUUAAAUUGAAUGGAAUCGAGUGGAAUGUAGUUAAAAUUACUGUAUAGGUACAACAUACGCAGUGUGGCAGAAGAUGAAGAGGAGGAAAGAACCAAAAUUUUAUCCCUGGUGAAAUAUUUGUGUUGGAACUUUAAGCCAUUUAAUUAUUCUCUUAUUUUUUGAAACUAUGUGAAGAGGGCUUUUUUAGCCCAUGUUGUAGGCCUUGCUUUCAAUGGCCACAAUAUUUUGCUGGUUAGAGAAGAGCAUAUGGGAUAAGACGAGUAUGUUUUAUUCCCAAAAGCUGGUUCCUGGAUGGAUCUGGAACGGUCCUAUGCAGUGUAAAGGUUGUAGCGGAGAUACUGCUGAGAUGCCAGUUCAGCUGAGUGUGUGCACUGGUGACAUUCCCACUGAAGGCACUUCUAGACAGUUUGGACUUCUGCGUGUUUUUAUCUCAGCUGGGAUUACUGGUUUAUUUUUGUCGGGAGCCUUAGGUGUUUGCUAGUUGGCUGCAGAUAACUUGGAAGGGGGAGGAGAAAGACUAUGGCUACGUCCUAUUGCUGUUAAAGGGGAAAAUGCACUUACUGUGAUAAAGGAAUCAAGGUGGAGCAUCACUUCUGUGCUGACUGUUCUUGUGAUGGACUUUGAGAGUUUGCUUUAGCGCAGUGUUUGCAGAAGUUUGACAGGAUUAUUAAUAAAUAUGUAACGCCGUGGUGCAGACGCUUGUCUUUUUAAAUGUAAGUGGUAAUGUAAAUGUAAGUGGUAAUAUAAGUGGCAGGAGCAUCAAGGCUCCUAUGUAGACUGUACUUGGACUGAUCAACCCAUGACUGAAAGAUGGAAUAAAACUUGUUCACUGCUA